AUGGCAUAUAAUAAUAACAAAGAAAUAGCCGAGCUUCUUAUUUCACAUGGUAUAAAUAUCAAUGAAAAAGAUUAUGAGGGAGAAACCGCUCUUCAUAAAACAGCAUAUAAUAAUAGUAAAGAAACAGCAGAACUUCUUAUUUCACAUGGUAUAAACAUCAAUGAAAAAGAUAGAGAUCGAGAAACCGCUCUUCAUAUUUCAGCACAUAAUAAUAGUAAAGAAACAGCCGAAAUUCUUAUUUCACAUGGUAUAAAUAUCAAUGAAAAAGAUAAAAAUGGAAGAACCGCUCUUCAUCUUGUAGCAGAAUAUAAUUUUAAAGAAAUAGCUGAACUUCUUGUUUCACAUGGUGUAAAUAUCAAUAAAAAAGAUAACUAUGAACAAACCGCUCUUCAUAAAGCUGCAUAUGAUAAUAACAAAGAAAUAGCUGAACUUCUUAUUUCACAUGGUGCGAAUAUCAAUAAAACAGAUAAUAAUGGAAAAACCGCUCUUCAUCAGGCAGCAUAUAAUAAUAGCAAAGAAAUAGCCGAACUUCUUAUUUCACAUGGUAUAAAUAUCAAUGAAAAAGAUGAGCAUGAAGAAACCGCUCUUCAUAUUGCAGCAUAUCAUAAUAGCACAGAAAUAGCCGAACUUCUUAUUUCACAUGGUAUAAAUAUCAAUGAAAAAAAUGAAUAUGGAAAAACCGCUCUUAAUAUUGCCACAAAUCAAAACAGUAAAGAAACCGAAGAACUUCUUAUUUCACAUAGUGCAAAUACCAAGGCAAAAAAUCAAAAUGGAAGACCCGCUCUUAAUAUUGCCACUAAUAAAAACAGUAAAAAAACAGAAGAACCUCUUAUUUCACAUAGUGCAAAUACCAAGGCAAAAAAUCAAAAUGGAAAACCCGCUCUUAAUAUUGCCACUAAUAAAAACAGUAAAAAAACAGAAGAACCUCUUAUUUCACAUAGUGCAAAUACCAAGGCAAAAAAUCAAAAUGGAAAACCCGCUCUUAAUAUUGCCAUUAAUAAAAACAGUAAAAAAACAGAAGAACCUCUUAUUUCACAUAGUGCAAAUACCAAGCCAAAAAAUAAAUAUAAAAAACCGCGCGUCAUAUUGCCGCAGAUAAAAUCAGUAAAGAAAUCACAAGUCUAUAAUAAAAAGUGA